AUGGCUUCAAUUUCAAACCAAUCCCCAUUGCCUUCGUUUGAAGAUGCUAACGAAGUUCCGGCCAAUUGGUCUCUAGUACAUGAUUCACAUUUCAUAGAGUUGAUGUUAGAUAAGGUCCGAAUAUGUGGCGAAAAUAGGCAAACAGGAACCUUUUCAAAGCAUGAUUGGACUGACAUUAGGAAGCAGUUUCAUAAGAAGUUUAGGUUGAAAUAUUCUUUGAAGUCGUUCAAGAACAAAUUCACCAAGUUGAAGGAAAAGUACAAAGAUCAUAAGAAACUCGUGGAAGAUAACACCGGAUUAGGCUGGGAUCCUGUUUUGUGUACCGUAGAGGCCUCAAAUGAAUGGUGGGAUGAGCAAGUGAAGAAUUUUCCACGAACAAAGGUGUUCCGUGUCUCUGGUUGCCCCGAAUAUCGGAAGCUACAAACUAUAUUUGGUGAUACCGUGGCAACGGGAAAUCUUAGACAGACACAAGAAGGUGGUUUUUCUUCUACCGAUGGUGAAGAUGAGAUAGAUAUGACUGAAAAUGGAAGUCCCACGCAACCAUUAGAUACACAGGUCUUCCCUAAUGGUGGUGUCACGGCUGAUAGGAUGGAAGAAAAUGUUGAUUUUCGUCGUCGCUCGCAAACACCAAGUGGUAGCCACAGAAGUACCCAUGUUCCCAAUGAUAGUGGUGAUGUAGCUGGUGAGAUGGAAGAAAAUGUAGAUAACCAAUUUCGUAGCCGUUCGCGUACACCGAUUAGUAGUAGACGUGGCAGGAAAGAAAACAAGGCUAAUGAGAUCGGAGAGUCGUUAAAGAUGUUAGCUGAAAAUGCUAAAGCUAAACUAGAGGAUAAAACAAAAUAUACCAUCUCUGAAUGCUUAGAAAUUUUGGAUUCAAUGGGGGCACAUGUUGGAAGGCACACGUAUGUGAAGGCGGUGAAAGUUCUUCAAAACCAAGGAUGGAGAGAGACAUUUAUCAAAAUGUCGAAAGAUCGAAGGGAUGAUUGGAUUGUUUCUAUUGAAGAUGGAACCUUUGACUAAAAUGAUGAAGCACUGUGAAUCAAAGCUAGUGGUACUAAUCUAGAUGAAAUUUUUUUGGUUACACAUAUUUACUAGCUAACCACAGGAAAAUAGACUAUGGGAUAUGGAAAGAGUUAUAACACACUAUCUGAAGUCAAGCCUUUUUGAUUUUUGUUGAUAUUUUGGUGUAAUUUUGGUUUAAUUUGUAGGAUGCAGAAGUAUAGCGUAUAUCUCAUUGUUUGAUUACUCAUCAUUUGCAGUGAAGAUAAUUGUAGGACAUCCUAUGUAAU